CAGACGGCUACAGGAGUGCAGCAAAGUUGUUAAAAUAUUAGUCGCGCUAUCGUUUUGCCCGUGACUUUGAUCAAGGCAGCCACAAAGAGCAUAAAUACAUACGCAGUCCAGAAACGAGAUAAACGAUAAUCGUAGAAACGCAAAAGACGUAAGAAGUGUCGAGAUGGGUAUCUCCAGAUUCGACGUUGAACUGGACAAUCCGUCAAAAACGUACGAGAACGGAAGUGUAUUAAGCGGUAAAAUAUACUUGGAUCUCGACUCACCAAAACCUGUAAAAGGUAUAAAACUGACGGUAUUUGGUGAAGCAGAGAUAUCAUGGACACAAACUACAUCCGCUCUCGAAGCUAAAGACGUUUAUCCAGCAGAGUGCGACAGGGAGACUUACAUAGACGACGACGAGAACUACAUACUUGGCAAAGACGGGCCUGUUGUUAUUCCGACCGGAAACCACGUUUACCCGUUCACUUACAAGCUCCCAGAAGCGAUACCAGCGAGCUUUGACGAAGAGCUCGGUAAAAUAGAGUACAAAGUGAAGGUGACGAUUCAGAGAGCCUGGUAUCUGUGGAAUCACAGAGAAUCGGUCAAAUUCGACGUCUUCGUACCGUUGGAUCUCAAUACAGACCAUAAGGCGGCGGAACCAGCACGACAUGAAAUUUCAAAGAAGUUUAUGGGAUGCUCAGAACCUGUUGACUUAUCCGUGUCACUUCCAGUCCGUGGUUAUAUUCCUGGACAAACGAUACCAAUCACCGUUGACAUCAAGAACGGCGCCGAGGUGGAGAUAAAGGGGGUUUACUUCACGUUGAUCAAGCUUUACACUUAUCACGGUCCUACCAAGCCUAGACUAGACGAACAGGUGAUAGGACACCACGACACCCAGUUGCCGAAGAAUGGCCAACAGGAAUCGAGCAUUCAGCAUUUCCUCCAGAUUCCAGAGGUCCCGCCGUCCUACCAAAGACACUCGAAACUCAUCGACCUUGAGUAUCUGAUACGGGUUGAAGUAAGGGUUGACGAAAUGCACAAAAAUUUCGAAAUAGAUGUACCCAUAAUCAUUGGAUCAGUCGCUCUCCUCGCCUCCACCGUCGCUAUGGCUAAUGGAAACUCGAAUAUGCAUCAGAACAACGAUCAGGUGCCAGCUAAAUGUGAUUGAUCAAACUUUGGGGCACGAUCAGCCACGUCAGAUUUUCACACCGUUAUCGCCUCAUCAUUAUAUUGUUCCACAUUCUAUGUACAUAAUAUAUUUAUUUUUAUAUUAUGAUACGUAUAUGUAUUCAAGACGCGAUUAUUGAAGUUGAUUGUAUUUUGGAACUUCGAAAAAUUCAAACGCUUUUUUA